AUGGAUUCCGAGUUUGCGCCACCGGCUUCUCCGCCGACACCAACCAAAAAGCCAAAGCAAGCUUGUGACAAUUGUCGUCGACGCAAAAUCAAGUGCAAUCGUGCUCAUCCGUGCGAUAAAUGCCAGCGGUUAUUGCUUUCAUGCUCCUACAGCGAUGUGCUGCAGCGAAAAGGGCCCAAAUUUCGGACAUUGUAUCCCCUCGCGCCUCUGCACCCGCUAGCUUCACAAUAUCAAUUCCAGCCGAGCAUUAAUAGUGACCAGGAGUACAAUCCAAAGUCACAGCUUUCACUGGACGGCUGUAUUACACCUUUGCCAUGGAACUAUUCCACCUACGAGGCAUACUCGUCUCCAGAAUCCAUGGACUCGCAAUAUGAGCUACAUAAUUACCAGAAUGUCUUGCCGCAGCCACGAAGGCUGUCAUCGACGGUGUUGGUGGCUCAUGUAAAUGUCUACCUGAAAUACCUGUAUCCCAUUAUGCCGGUCAUUUGUGCGGAGCAGGUCCUGAAGGACUGCCAUGAGCCCGAGAAGCUUCUGUCCCAGCGGUAUGCCUUUAUGGCUGCAUUAUGUGCGGCCACUCAUGUCCAACUCAAGCUUGACGGCACCGGCAAUGGCACAGGGCCUUCACCUGCGGAGAUAAACUCCUCAAUGUCAGGUGAAGAGCUGCUGACAGAAGCCAUUAAUGCGAGAAAAGAAUGCGAUAUCCCAGAUAAUAUCACCGUCGAGUCACUUUUGACAUCGUUUUUCCUCUUUGCUGCAUUCGGCAAUCUAGAUCGCCAAGAUCAGGCUUGGUUCUAUCUUAGCCAAACAACAAGCAUGGCCUAUACCCUUGGGUUACACAGGGAAAAAACAUAUUCAGACCUCGAGCCAAAUGACGCAGAAGAGCGGCGAAGGGUUUUUUGGUUGUUGUUCGUUACUGAGAGAGCCUACGCUUUACAACAAGCCAAGCCCGUCAUGCUUCGAAACUCGAUCAAUAAACCCAAGGUUCUAUACUCGGAUGACCCAACUUUGGAAUACGGCUUCCUUAAUCUAAUCACCAUUUUUGAAAAGCUCACUCCAGACUUGUAUGACUGGGUCGCCCUUGGAGGUGAUGAAGCAUUCACUGCCGGUCCUGUGGCAGCGAAUACUAUCCAGCAAAACCUGGCAAAGCCAGUGCCAAUUGAAGGAAUGAUGCAGAUACAGCAAGUGGACGUCCUGGUCACGCAACAGUGGCUUCAGGCAAUGAUGUGGAAAUUGUCUAUGAGCAAUUCGCCACACCCAACGGAUGCGGACACUUUGCUACCAUUCCACUUGCCUGUACUGGUUGGAAAGGCGUUGAUGGAUGUCGCUGGAUCUGUAUCUCAGAGUGCGAUUGACGCUCAUGGCAUAGGCAUGGAGCAAAAACUGUACGACAUGGGCCUGACAAUUGCAGACGUGACACGAAAUAUGCGGUGUAAUACAUCAACCCGCCUCACCAACACCGUAGCCGAUCCCAAGGAACUCCUCUGGGGUAUUCUGAACAUCCUGAGCCGCAUCCGUGGCUCUCCAUCAUACCUAUUCCCUUCAUUGCUUGAACGAUCUAGCAGCGUACUUGGCCUUGAGUCGCCGGCGACCAUGACAAAUACGAUGACCCACUACACGACAGAUGAAACAUCCCCAACAACAACAGCGACAGCUCCUGCCAUAUGGAAUAAUAAUGUGGGCAGUGACUGCGGUCUUUCAUUAGACAGGCCGCCAAUUGUUGGCUCAAACAUGACGAACAGCCACCGGCUGACGAAUGAAGAACACAACAGGAACAAUUACGAUACUUUUCGACGGGUUUCGACAGUAUCACAUGCCUCGCACAGCAGUAGUAUUCCGCCUUUAGUUGAUGCGCUGUAUAUCGCUUGA